CCUCAGUAGGUGAAGGAGCCAGCGGGAGCUUCGCUGAACUCCAAGUCCCAGAGAUCUCGGCAUCAGUGAACCUGGAGUCAGCGCUUGGAUAACAUGGCAGCGCCGAGCAGCAACACAUGCGGGGCCAUGGAGCGGUCAAUCCGGGAGCGGGUUCCUCCCCUGCUCACGGACCUGUACCAGUUCACCAUGGCGUACGCGUACUGGCGGGCCGGCCGGCACCAGGAGCCCGCCGUGUUCGAGCUCUUCUUCAGGGACAACCCGUUCAGCGGCGGCUUCUCGCUGUUCGCCGGGCUCCACGACUGUCUGCUGUUCCUGCGCAGCUUUCGGUUCACAGACGAAGAUGUUGAGUUCCUGCGCUCCGUGCUCCCCCCCGCCACUGACCCCGCCUUCUUCAAGUUCCUGCGGGAGCUGGACUGCUCUGGUGUCACACUCCGCUCUGUCCCAGAGGGCACUGUGGUGUUUGCCAGGGUUCCUCUGAUGGAGGUGGCAGGACCGCUGGCUGUGGUUCAGCUGCUGGAGACCAGUUUGCUGUGUCUUGUCAACUAUGCUAGUCUGGUGUGCAGUAACGCUGCCCGUUUCCGCCUGGCAGCCGGCCCCAGGAGGAAGCUGCUCGAGAUGGGCCUCAGGAGGGCUCAGGGACCAGAUGGAGGCCUGACCGCCUCACGGUACACAUACAUCGGAGGGUUUGAUUUAACCAGUAAUGUUCAGGCUGGUUUCCUGUUUGGGAUCCCCAUAGCUGGGACCAUGGCACACUCUUAUGUCACUUCUUUCACCUCCCUGGAUGAGGUCUGGCCACAAACUCUCGUGGUGUUAAACGGGGAUCCCGAUCCAGUUGACAUCAUUUCAUUGACAAAGGGCUGGUUGAGCCGUGUGUGCAAGCUUCUGGAGGCACAGCCAGGGAAGAUCCGUGAGGGCGAGCUUGCUGCCUUUUUGUCCUACGCCAUCGCUUACCCUCAGAACUUCCUCCCGGUGAUAGACAGCUACAGUGUCAGCUGUAGCGGCCUGUUAAACUUCUGUGCUGUGGCCUUGGCUCUGUGUGAGCUGGGCUACAGGCCUGUCGGUGUUCGUCUGGACAGUGGGGACCUCUGCAGGCAGUCAGUGGACGUCCGCCGUGUCCUCAGACUCUGCAGCGAGCAUUUCUCAAUCCCUGCCUUUGAUUCCCUCAUCAUUGUUGGGACCAAUAACAUCUCAGAGGAGAGCAUGGUUGAGCUCAACAAGAAGGAGAAUGAGAUUAAUGUGGUCGGUGUUGGAACACAUUUAGUCACCUGCACUAAACAGCCUUCACUAGGAUGUGUGUAUAAGCUGGUUGAGGUGAGGGGGAAGCCCAGGAUGAAGAUCAGUGAGGACCCAGAGAAGAGCACCAUACCAGGGAGGAAAGCUGUCUAUAGGCUGAUAGAUGCUGAGGGCCAUCCAUACCUGGACCUGGUGAGUCUGGCCAUAGAGUCUCCUCCAGAGGCAGGAGUCCCUCUGAGCUGUUACCCUCUGGGCUGUGGGGACUCCUCCAUCUCUGUCACUCCAGCUCAAGUCACCUGUCUGCGCCAGGAGGUGUACUUAAAGGGACAGGUCACACACCCUCUGUGUAGCGCUGCAGAAACUAGAGCAAAGGUCCAGAUCUCCCUCCAGACUCUGCACCCUCGACACAAGAGACUGCAGGAGCCCGACUCUUACACAGUGGCGCUGUCGGAGGAACUUCACAACCUUGUCAUAGAGAUUCGGAGAGGAAGUACCAACAACAGCAACUUUCUCUUAGCCAACUAAAGAUAAAUCUAGAUAGCUGUUUUUUUUCUGUUUGCCUUUUUAACUCCAUUCUUAAGUGCCUCAUGAACAAAUGAUGUUUGUAGUGAUUACAGUGUUAAUGCCAGCUUCUCCAGACACAGGAAACACUGAUGCUGCUGUCGUUCAAAGCUGAUGUUGAUGAAUAAACAGGAAUGGG